ACUUCGUCCUUCCGAUCGUAGGCCCGUCUCUCCCCAUACCUAUCACCGUUAUCAGCGCCUCUCUCGUUCCCCUCUUUUCCCCGAGAAGCCACCGUUUGAGAGCACUGCCCGUUAUUCAAGAUGACGGUCCCGACCCCCUCCCACGAUGAGCCCGUCGUCGUCUUGGCCUCGACGAGGACCGUCAUCACGCUUCCGGAUGACUCGCUCGUGCUCACCCCCGCAACGAUAAUCAUCUCGCCGGCCACUGGCAAGAUCCUCUCCGUCGUCUCACAGGUCCUCCCUCAGAGCUCCUUUCCGCCGGAGACCCUAUACCAUGACUAUAGCCCGAAGCUCUUGCUCCCGGGGCUCGUCGAUGCUCAUGUGCACCUGAACGAGCCCGGUCGCACAGAGUGGGAAGGCUUCAACACGGGCACUCAGGCUGCGGCCUCCGGAGGUGUCACCACCGUCAUUGACAUGCCAUUGAAUGCCAUCCCUCCCACAACCACCCUCAAGGGCUUCCAGGAGAAGCUCGCUGCUAGCCAGGGGCAGUGCUGGGUCGACGUUGGCUUCUACGGCGGCGUCAUCCCCGGCAAUGCUCACGAGCUGCUCCCUUUGGUAGAAGCCGGCGUCCGUGGCUUCAAGGGCUUCCUCAUCGACUCAGGCGUCGAGGAGUUUCCUGCCGUGUCGCCAAGUGACAUUGCACUAGCAAUGAAGACGUUGAAUGGCACGCCCACCACGCUGAUGUUCCACGCCGAGAUGGUCCCUCCGGCUGCCGCCCCCGAAGGAGACGCAGCGCAGCAAUCCGAAGCCCCGGCCCAGCCCGCCGGCGAACCGGGCAGCUACGGCACUUUCUUGGACUCGCGACCGCCCGUCUUCGAGACGACCGCCGUGGAGCAGAUCUUGUCGCUGGCCCACCUGGCCCCGCAGCUGCACUUGCACAUUGUUCACCUUUCCGCGGCCGAGUGCGUUCCCGUCCUGCGCAAGGCGCGCCAGGACGGCAUCAACAUCACGGCCGAGACGUGCUUCCACUACCUCGGCCUCGCGUCCGACGACAUCCCGGACGGCGACACCAGGCACAAGUGCUGCCCGCCGAUCCGCGCGCAGACGAACCAGGACAAGCUCUGGGACGAGAUCACCGACGCCGACGGGUGCAUUAAGACCAUCGUCUCGGACCACUCCCCGUGCACGCCGGAGCUCAAGCUGCUGCCGCCGCACCUUCAGACCGCCUACCAGGAGGGGCCCCGGCCGGCCGUGCGGCACGCCGACUCUGGCAUCGAGGUGCCGCAGCUAGGAGGGGAACAGGGGAUUGGAGGGGGGGGAGCGAAGAAGGAGAGGAGGCGAGAGAAAGAAGCGAAAGCAGAACUUCGAGCACGAGGACGGGAAAAGGAAAAGGAGGAUGAGGAUGAGGAUGCCGUCGACUUGCUUCCCGGGGCCCAAACGCCCGGCGCAGCCACAACGGCGGCGGCGGCGGAAGGAUCCCCCGCCGCCUGCGCAGCCGAAGCCAAAGAGCAAGGCGACUUCCUCGCCGCGUGGGGCGGCAUCUCGUCGGUCGGCCUCGGGCUGCCGAUCCUGCACACGACGGCGGCGGAGCGGGCGGCGCGCGGGGACCGGGCGCCGUCCGUCGUCGACAUUGUGCGCAUGUGCUCCCAGGCGACGGCGCGGCAGGUCGGGCUGGCGCACCGCAAGGGCGGGCUGCGCGCCGGCAUGGACGCCGACGUGUGCGUCUUCGACGACGCCGACGUCUGGACCCUGCGCGCGGCCGAGAUGCGCUGGAAGAACCGCGUCUCCCCCUGGGAGGGCCACACCUUCACCGGCCGCGUCCGCGAGACCUGGGUCCGCGGCCAGAGAGUAUUCCAGCUUGGUGGGCCGAACUCCGGCUUCGUGAUGGGCAGGCCGGUGGGGCAGCCGAUCGUCGAGCGGCGGACCGAGUAAGUGUGGGGUAGGUGGUGGCGCCCUUUUGAUUUUUUCUCUUUUUCUUUCCUUGUUUUUCUUUGGUUUCUCAUGCGUGGUCUGGGCACUGGGAAGCGCGGUGGCGUCCGGCUGUUGUUGAUGUUCCUGCCGAUACCCGGAUGGUGUUGAUGUG